AUGUCAGACCUAGAAAAGACCGAGGAUCUCACCGCGACCCUCGCCGAAUCCCUCAUAUCAGUCGAAAAUCUACCCGCAGUAGUUGCUUCUGCGACUGCUCGUCUCUUUGCCAUACCUCAGGGAGUUCAAGAGAGCUGGUCGCAGGACAUUCAUGAGAAUCUCAACAAGUUCUGUAUCGUAGUUAUGGGAGAUCUUUACAACAAGUUAGAAUGGAAAUUGAAUGAAUGGGCCGCAAUGAGUGCUUGUUUCCGGAAAUAA